AGCAUACUUUCUCUGCAGUUCCGGCUGAGAUGCCGUUCGCGACGUGUUGUGCAUUCCGCUGCUGUCACGUGCUGGCCGAGGUUUUCGUUGCAGCCGUGGUGGUGAUUCUGCCGCCGUGACGCCACAUCAUGAUGGCGUAACUGUCGCCUGUUCCGCCUGCGGCGCAGUCUUCGAUGCCACCCCUCGGCAUUGUCCCACCACGUGGACACAGCCGUUGUCGCACGCCUUAUCUUAAGUGGAGGAGCCAUGGAAGAGGGAGAAGAGCGCAGAGGGUCUCUGGUAGACGACAUGGUGGCGCUAAUGUCGUCCGGGCAUGCUGCUGACGUCACCAUCAUGGUGGACGGCUUCUGGCUGCCCGCACACAGAGCUGUGCUGACGGCGCGCAGCUCUGUGUUCGCCGCCAUUUUCCGAGAGCAGGUGCUGGAAGUUACUGGCGGCAGCAUCACUGCCAUCGACAUGAGCCACGAGGUGCUGGGGCAGCUCCUGCAGUUCAUGUACAGCGACGAAGCGCCCCUGCUGGAGUGUGUCGCCGCAGAGCUGCUCGCAGUUGCCGACAAAUACUGCGUGUCCCUGCUGAAGCAGCAGUGCGAGGAGCAGAUGAUUUUUGGACUGACCGUGGAUAAUGCUGCAGACAGCGCCGUCCUCGCCUUUGAACAUAUGUGCCCAAAGCUGAAGGCGGCGGCCAUCAACUUCAUCAGUUCGCACUACAAAGAAGUUAUGGCUACAGAGGGAUGGACGAACGCACUGCGGCACCACACUGAAGUCAGUGUGGAGAUCUGUCGUCUGCUGGGGGAUGCUAAAACUCUAGAGGCAGAAUGCGAGACUGAAGAACCAGCAGAGGGGGAAGAUGCCAAGGGCAGGCUGGCGGGCGACCUGCUGGCUCUGCUGGCGUCUGGCGUGUGCAGCGACGUCACGCUGAUGGUGGGCGGGGUCGCGCUGGCGGCUCACAGGGCGGUGUUGGCGGCUCGCAGCCCCGUGCUCGCCGAGAAGCUCACCGACCUCCCGGGCGGCAUCCUGCACGUGGCCGGGGCGCCGGAACAGGAGGUGCGCCGGGCGCUGCGCUACAUGUACAGCGACCAGCUGCCGCCCCCGGCGAGCAUCACAGUCGAGCUCUUGGCACUCGCCGACGACUACGGGCUGCGUGUUCUGAAGGAGUACUGCGAAAAGCACUUGGCAGACGAAAUCACUGUCGACAACGCAGUGUCCGUCGCCAUCGUCGCCAUGAAACACUCCUUCACCUCGUUAAAGGACGCCAGUCUCGAUUUCAUCGGGGACAACAUCUUCGAGGUGAUGGACACGGCCGGUUGGGCUACAGCGAUACACAGUGAGCCGGAGGCUCUCGUGGAAAUAAGCAAAAUCGUGUCAGCGGCACAAAGAUUACAGCUGGAAAGUUGUGGAGAAGAUAGUAGUGAAGACUGAGAUACAAAGGAAGUAUGGCGUUUUGCUGGUAGGUGCACUCCACAGCUAGGGCCAGUAUCAACCUAGAAUGGGCAGCUUCAACAAACAGAAGUAGUCCAAGGGGAUAGCCAUCAGGCUGAUGCAUCAGGACAUGCAGAAAGUCUUUGGAAUCACCUGGCAGAGGACAGAUUAAGAACACACUAGCUGGGAACAACCGAUGAAAAUGUACCUCGACAUGUGAUCUGAAGAGACCUUAUCAUUUGUAGGAGAAAUGGCUGCUGAUCAUUAUGAGAAAUCGCCAUUAUCAAUAUGACAUCCAUUGUUGAGUGAAGGACUCUACCUGAGUUACCUAUGUUUUCCGAUUUUCAACUGUAUGUUUCCAUUAGAUCAUUGCCUUGGUCUUUUGAUGUCUUUUGGAAUAAAUAUAAUUUCCUUGUUUUAUCUGUCAUCCAUCACACAUAUUCGAUUGUUAGUAGUAAAAAUUCAAUUUAUUGAACCAAAAGUACGUUACUGUUCAUUUACUUUCUGCAUAGCUUGUCACUGCCUUCAACUGAGAUAAAAACAAAAACUUAUCAACUGAUUGAAUGAAAUCAUUUUUAGUUUAUACAAAUUUAUGAUCGAAGUUCUAGUUGUAGAAUAUUCUAGUAUAAUAAUAAAAUUUCUAUUCAUCCUUCAAUUCAGUUAAGCUUAGCUGUUGAUUGUUGAAACAGACAUGCAUUCGAAGCAAACAAUAUAAUAUGCUCCACAAGCUGUAGGUUGUUCCAGCAAUUAUCAGUAAAUUCUAAUUCCUCUUUUCCAUCCCAAUUGAACAACGUGAAAUCCCCCCUAGUGCUGUUAAGUUUAGCUUUGGUGAUACAGCAUCUCUUUUCUGUCUCCUCUUUCAGUUCCGAAUUUCCUUCUAUACAGACGAAAUUCGUGGUGUGAUGGUAUCAUAAUGGGACUGAUACUGUAAAAAAUUUUAUUUAAAGAAAAACAUAUAUAUGUAGUUAUUGUCACUCUCAACAUACUCUUCUCCUCUAUCCCUACAAUGCUCCUUGCAAAUGUUCCAUCAAUGUGGAAGUCUUUCUCUGGGAGAUCCAGACUGAAAUCUUGUUCCUUUUAAUGCAGAUUUGACCUUGGGGAAUAGAUAAGUCACAUGGUGCUAGUCAGACGAAUAAGGUAUGUAAUUUAAUACUUAGAUGCUGUACUUUAAUAGAAACCUCUUUUAGCCAGUGUAUUGUCUUGAUGUAGAACCCUUGACUUGUUCUUCCACAGUUUAGUUCAUUCAGUUAUUUCCUGUUGGAGUCGAGCAAGUACCGCAAGGUAAUAGUUUUGAUUGAUUAAUAGUGGGGAUACACAAUUCUAUGAAUGUUGAAAAACAAGGCAAUCAUCAUCACUUUGAAUCUUGGUUUGCUGAUUGGAACUUCUUUCACUUUCAGUGAAGCUGGCCUUUCCACUGUAUGGAUUGGUGCAUAAUUUCUGUAAGUCAAAAACCAAGAUCUGUCACAUGGUUUCAUCCUUUCCAAGAAACUAGUACAUUUUCAGUGGUACUCAGGUUGUCAGUACAACCAUUUCCACGAGUUUUCUUUUUGUUCAUCAUGGGAAUCUUUGGCACUAGUUUCGCUUAAACUUUUAUCACGUUAAAUUGGAUAUGAAAAAGUUGUAUUAGAUAUUCAUCAACAAUUACUGCAGUUCCAGCAAUCGAUCAAAUACUAAACUUAUGCUUACUUUUUGAUAUAUUCAUCCAUUUUUUAUAAUGACAGGCGUCCUGGUCGUGAGACAUCUUCAAUGUCUUAGAGACAGUUGAACCACUCAAAAACUCAUGUACAUCAGAAACAGUGUUAGCAUCGUACUUCUUUUACUGAAAGAUACGUUGCAAUAGCCUUUUUUCCAAGUUACAUGUGAAACUCCACAACAAUUAGUUGCUGUAUUAUUACAAUUAUCAUUUUUCUGGCAAAACAAAGUAACAGCUCUUACACAAACAAAGGCUACGGCCUUGCUGAUUGUCUGCAGACACUAGAGAUGAUGUAUUCGACUUAGACAGUGUCCUGCUUAAUAGCUACUGGCUAUUCAUCUUCCGAACAUGUGUGUCCUGUUAUUUUGUAGCCACACCUCAUGCUAUGGAUUCUGUAUUCUUCAGCAUAUAAACAGAAAAUGAAUUAUGUCUGGUUUCUCAAAGGAUAGAAGGACAAUAUCCCUACAAAUUGCUAACUGAAAAUCAUUUUCUAUUUUUAGAUUACCUUUAUCUCAAAAUCACCUUUUUUGUGACAUGUUUAUAAUAUUAUUUUCUAAGAUUCUGAACUCAUUGCUUGUAUUCCACAGUAAAUUUUUCUGCUCAUGAAUGAAUUCUAGUUAUCUUUUUUCUGACUCCAUCCAUGACAGAUAUGACUCUUUCAAGCUUUACAUUUGUGUUUCUCUUCAUUUAUUAAUAUAUGAUCCCUGGAAAUUUGUAAUAGGUUUGAGAUAUAUCCUACACCACUUUUUUAUUGAUUGAUAAAAUAAAAUACGUUUAAUUUUGUUUUGCAUUUGAGCUUAAUAAUGCUAUUUUCUGUUCUUCUCUUCAUUUUCGAAAAUACAAGUAUGUUAAGGAAAUACAUGUGAUAUUUUAAGAAAAUUCUGUAAUUUUGUGUUGUCUGUGAUUUAUGUUAAGUAUGAUCCCUGUCAUUUCUCAUGUAUAUAGUGUUUCCCAUUCAAGAAUCGAUUUAUUGUUUUGUUAUACUCCUAGUUACCAUUUGUCAUAGAUUUUGUUGUCAUUUAUCACUUUUGUAACACACACAGUCGUCUUCUACCUCCUCACUAGAAUGUGAGUUCAUUGGGUGAGAGACUUCUAUGAUUUUUAUAGAAUAUUUUCGCUUAAAAAAUGAAACUCUUACUUUCUGUCAGAGAUUUCUUCAAUAUCUCUAACAGUAUUGUUUCGUUUCAUAAUAUUAAUAUUUUCUUAAUAUUAAUAUGUCAUUUUUGUUCUGUCAGAAGUACUGAAGGUGUAUAAAUGUUGAGCAAUAUACCAUUAUUUGGAAUUUGUGGUUACAUUAAGAGUCAAAUAUUCAAAAUUUGAAUUAUUGUUGUGCAACAGUUACACAUAGAAUAUUGUUUGAUUACCACAAACCAAAACGCUUGAUUAAAGCAUUGGUUUUGGCCACAACAAAUGACACACUCUUCCAACAAUAAAGUCUCACAAAAUUAUAAGUAACAUUUUUCUGUACCAAAUGAGUCGUGAAUUAUGUCUUUGCACACUUAUAAGUAAUGAGUUUUUGUAUUUUGAUUGAAAAUUGCUAGUCAAAGGCUA